AUGGAUGUGGUGGAUGAAAAUGAAGCCCUACAACAGUUCUUUGAAGGGCAAGACGUUAACAGGGCACUGGAGAAUGCAAUGGUGGACACAACUGUUUUGGAAGAAUUCCUAGGGAGCGACCUUGAGUUACUUGGAACACUGCAAAGUCAGCUGCUGGACUCCCCACCAGAUUCAGGAUCAGAGCCAUAUUCACCACCACAUUCUAAUGGCCCUGCCAAUAGGUCUCCUUGCGACUUGAGACUUGAGACUUCACCCAAGAUGAGCUCCAGUGGACAUGUCUGUGGGCCAUACCAAGAUGACAGUCUGAAGACCAGCACUGUUGUAACUCCCUGGAAUCAUUCUAUGCCUUCCAAUGGCCUGGGUUUGAAUUAUGCUUGCCCAUCACUCUCUCUCAACCCUAACAUUUCCCUGAUGUCUAAAAAGAGAAAGCACUCUGAAGUGUUGGAGGAUCCGCUAGAAUUUCUCACCUGGAAUGGCAGUGUUGGACAAAUGAUUGUUAAGGAUUCUUCUUCUGAAAUGCAAGAAUAUGACAGUGAUGGACAGAAUGCAGCAUCUGUUGAAAAAUGUAGCCAGUCCCUAGCAUGGCAACCGUAUCGAGUAUCUCCCUGGAGCAGCCUGUUUAACCACAAUUAUGAAAAACUCCCGGAUGUGGGAUAUCACAUUGUUACCAACAAAGGAUUUAAUUUUUCAGCAACAGAUGAUGCUUUUGUUUGUCAGAAGAAAAACCAUUUCCAGAUCACAGUCUAUAUUCGAAUGGUUGGAAAUCCAGCAUUUGUCAAAACUCAUUUGGGACUGAAGCCAGUGGAACAAUUUUACUUGAAAGCUUUUGGUAUUAAGAUGGAAGCUCCCAAUCAAGUAAUUGUCAUUGAACAAUCUCAAUCUGACCGAAGCAAAAAACCUUUUUAUCCUGUUAAAGUUGAACUGCCUGGAAACCAGGUAACCAAAGUAACUCUGGCAAGAUUGCACUUUAGUGAAACAACAGCAAAUAAUAUGAGAAAGAAAGGAAAGCCUAACCCUGAUCAAAGAUACUUCAUGUUAGUGGCUGGGUUAUAUGCUGUCAGUCAGGACCAGACUUAUCUGGUGAUUGCUCAUGUCUCAGAAAGGAUAAUUGUCAGGGCCUCUAAUCCUGGACAGUUUGAGAAUGACAGCGAUAUGCUCUGGCAGCGUGGACAUGUUCCAGAAGCAAUCAUCUGUCAUGGCCGAGUUGGAAUUAACACAGAUGCACCUGAUGAAGCCCUGGUUGUCUGUGGGAACAUGAAAAUUAUGGGGUCAGUCAUGCAUCCAUCGGACAGCCGAGCCAAACAGAAUAUCCAAGAAGCUGAUACACAUGAGCAGCUGAGAAGAAUAGCACAGAUGAGGCUGGUUGAAUAUGACUACAAGCCCGAGUUUGCAUCUGUUAUGGGAAUUAACGAAACUCACGAAACAGGAGUAAUUGCCCAGGAAGUGCAAAAACUUCUACCAAGAGCUGUAAGAGAAGUUGGAGACGUCACAUGUGGAACUGGAGAAAAAGUGGAUAAUUUCCUCAUGGUUGAUAAGGAUCAAAUUUUUAUGGAGAAUGUUGGGGCAGUUAAGCAGCUCUGCAAAUUAACAAACAAUCUUGAAGUUAGGAUAGAAGAGUUGGAAGCAUGGAAUAAAAAACUGGCCAGAUGGAAACGGAUGAACAGCUUAAAGUCGACAGCAACCAGUGAAAAGAACCCAGUGAGGAACUGUAGCCGAGUUACUUCUUGUUUGCCAUCAAGAAAACCAGUUCCCAUAAAACCCAGCAAGAUGAGGUUUCUGGUGAAAAACCAGUCAUGGUCCAGUACCAGGAUUUCCCAGAUAACUGUAAUUGCUUUGGUUGCUGUUAUGGCACUCUGUGGUGUGACAAUAUCCACCCUUUAUGUACUUAGCAUACCAGAGCAAGACAUUAUCCGUUCUGAACACAGCAAUUCGACAAGUCUGAUCACACUUCCUCCAUCCACCACUCUGACAGUGACCAGAUACAGUACAAUGCCUUCAAACCCGAAACCCACUACCAAUAGUCCUGAAGUGAAUUUCUGUGGCAUUUUACCUUGUCACAAGACAUAUUGCUGCACAGCUCGUCAAACACUGAGAACAAAUUUAAGUUAUGAGAAGAUGAAGCCAAAAGAAGAGAGAAACAAAAGAGAAGAACUCUCUGAACAAAACCUGAUUGAGAAGCCUGACCUUGGAAAUGACUGGACUGAUACAACAAUCAGCUCAAUGCAGAUCUUGGAGACGCAACAAAAAAUUGAUCAUCGUUAUUGCAGCAAAAACCUACAGUGUGGGUCUGGAAAUUAUAGUUACAUUGUUCCCCUUAACAAAUACACACCUGUCAAGGUAAAAAUCUCACUGGAAAUCAAUACAACAGAACCAUUAAUUAUUUAUCAAUGUAAAAUCACUUUCGGGAAUCCUUGCCUCUAUCAUCCACAACCCCGUAAGAAGAGGUACACUUUUCAAGAAACCACACAGGGGUUUCAGCAUAUUUGGGUUCUCCCUGUAGCCUCCAUGUAUGACAGUGCAUACCAUUUCCGGGUGGCUACCCCAGAUCUUGCAGACUGUUCAACAGAUCCCAACUAUGCUGGGGUAUUUUUCACGGAUUACUUCUUCUAUUUCUAUCGCAAGUGCAGGUGAAAGGAUGGCUUUAACUCUUUCUUGGGAAAAAGGCAAAAAUAGAUUUCGUGUCUGACAAAGGACAGCUGCAUGUCACAUGAUCUUUUUUCUUGGUGAACACUUACUAAAAUAAUACCCUCAUUUUGGAUAUAAAUGGAAGCAAAUAAAAGCAUCUUGUUGUUCUA